AUGCAAUCGGUGCAUAUAUUAGGUCAAUUCCAGUUUGCACAAGUCACGACUCACACGAAAUAUUGGCAGUCAUUGGCUCAAGGCCCAGUGCAAGGGCACCGUACAUGGCCUCAACGCAAAUCCCCGCGUGAGGUGACGGGUGGAUCACCCGCUAGAUCAACCAGGUACUACUUGUACGCAGCCAUGCGUGCAUCUCUUCUCAUUGCAUGCCAUCUUUACCUGACUGCGGCGGACCCUGUGAGGGCCUACUCCAUGAUGCAGUCAAGGUUGAGAGGGGCGAAGCCAACAGUGCAGUUCCUUGACGAAGAUGGCGCCGGGCCUAGCACGGGCCCGGAGCCGUCGUCGGGUUCUUUCGCGACUGCCGUUCUGGGUCAGAAAUACAGUGAUGAUGAUGAGUCAUGUUCAGCUGAAGGAAUUACGCCGGGCGUUUGCGCGCUCGCCUCUUUGGCGAGGUCAGCGCCCACGCUUCUGGCUAAGCAGGCGGACUGCGACAAGCAGGAGAGCAGAGACAGGCUCGAGCGAGCGCUCAUUGCAGAAAUCGAAUCAGCCCUUGCUGGGAGCCACGCUGGAAUCAACGCCACACAGCUGCAAAAGCUUGAGAAGGAGCUGAAGCCGAUCUACGCCACGUUACAGCAAACCGAGGGCUCCAGGGAGGGCCUUGGAUAUUCAGCGGCCAGGUAUCUGCUUCAUCAACAUUUCUUGCGCCAGCAUGCCUGGUAUGUGCGCGGCCUGAACCCUGCAGGUGAUGGACGCAAGCCGCCGGAUGACAAGGUGUUGCGACUGCUGGUGACGCUAAGUAGGCUAACUGGGCCGGUUGAGAGUCUACUCUGGCCAUGGAACGGGGGCUACGUCGCAAACUCAUGUCUGGGCAGCGACAAUGGGCAGCGAUGGAAAGAGAUCCACCAACGAAUGAUGUUCUUGCUGGAGGCGGCCCAUGAGCCAGGAAGCAGGUUCCAGGCAUAUCAUAAGCGAGUCUCGAAGCUUGAUGAAGCCAGACGUGAAGCCUUCAUGGAAGCGUGGGAGGAUGUUACCAACUUUACCGCAGAGAUCAGUUUUGCGACAGAAGACCACCCUGUGGCACAUGACUGCUGGUGCGGGGUCGGGGCUAGCAUCGUGUUUCAAACUCUACCUCAAUGGCCCACUCAGGUGUUGAAAGCCUCUGCAGGAAAGAGUCGUACAUUCUAUCCACCUCUUGAGAUCUGCAUGGUUAUGAGUCUUUGGGGUGAGACCUGCGGGGUCUGGCCACUGAAUCUGCUGCUACAUCGUGUGGCCGAACACUUCGAGCCAUUCGUGAGGCAAUGCAGUCUCCCCGUUGAGCUUGUGAAUCGUGCACCUGGCACGAUCGCGUUUGGCCUCCUGAAGAAGCUGUCAACAUAUGAAGAACACAAUGCCGUGGUCGAUCUGUGCGUUGGGCAGGCCUUGCCUGCUGCGCUUCUGGCAUCGAAGUCCGCAACCGUAGAGUAUGUGGAACGCUUCACGUUCAUGAUCCUGUGGUGGUCAGCUUGCCGGCGCCCGACUCCCUUCAAAAACUCGGUAUAUUCCUUCAUGGCGGGCAGGUACGAUGUGAUGCGCACGCUAGCGUUCAGGCCCGAGACUCCAUUCCAAGUCUGGGAGAAGGCCGAGAGUGGCCUGCUGAGUAACUAUUCCACCGCAUUAAGGCGCGACCAGCAAAACCAGCUUCUGGACCUCAUGGAUGUCGCACAUUCUGUUUGUGAGAUGUUGGGCAUCGCCUAUGUUCUCAAUGGUGGGGGUCUGCUGGGGUCCAUGAGACACCUGUCAAUCAUCCCUUGGGACGACGACGCGGAGAUGGCGAUUGUGGAGGAGGAUGACCGAGGCGUUGAGAUUUUAUUGCUGGCGCUGGCCAUGCGGCUUGAGUCCCGAUUAGAGCUUGCCAAACUUGACGUUGCAUCCUUGGUUGAAGCUUCUGACUGGAGCGAAGAGGAGAGCAACAGCAAUGGGCAAACAUCGAUGCUGUUGGAUCGCUUGGAAGCUGUUGACCGCACGGCGGAUUUCUUGUCGAGACGUGGCGUGGCCCUGCACAUACAGGCAAAGAAAGCGAGAACUUUCCGAAUCUCACACGCUGCAGCUGGCGACCCCCUGUGGAGUUAUCCGAAUUUUGACUUUUACAUCUGCUCCAGAGAAAAUGCGACCCACUGGCGUGGAUACUCUCGCAGAAGUGGUCCGCUGUAUUCUGAUUCUAUGAUUUUUCCACGUCGGAAGCGAUAUUGGAAAAGACCAGACUCCACAGACGGGCUGGUGCUUUGGACCUUCAGCAAACCAUCAGAGUACCUUGAGCUGCUCUAUGGAGCGAACUGGUUUACUGAGUGCCUUCGUGAGGAAGGGCAUGCAGAUGAAGCCAACCGCCGCCUCGCACCCUGGAACGGCGAGGAUCCGUAUGUCAGAAUUCCAUGCGCCGAGGUCGCUGCAGUUGUCCAGUAUACGAAUGUGUCGGAGGAUCAGUGGACGUCGAUUUAUGGAGCAGUCAGAGCUGAAUUGGGCAACGGAUGGCAUUGCCACCACCUUGCCUCCAACCCUCCAGAGGCUGUUGGCGAGCUUGUUCUGGCCACAGCACGAUGCAGCCGACGAUCCGUGUCUUGCGAGGGCCUGGUAACGCUCACUUCUGGGGCGCGGCUGCAGUCUCUGGUUUGCUACGGCGAUCAUCAAAACAGGAGCUGGGCCUGGGAGGAUCGAUACUUGCCGCAGGUUGCUGCGGGACCAGCUUGGGUCCCAUGGGAAGGAAGCCGGGAAAGUUUUCACCUGGUGAUCGUCGGAGGUGGUCCGGCAGGAUUGGGGCCCCUCUACUAUGCAGCCAGUGUGGGUGAGCUGGAGGUCCUCCUUCGAAAAGGCGUCGUAAUUCUCGAGAAGGAGGACCACCUUGGUGCUGGUCCAUCCUUCGAGUUGCCUAUCAGCAGCAACUCCUUUGGCUCAGCUUUUGUGGACAUCCUGAACAGUGAGAACGUCGCCCGGCUCUUCCCAGAAACCCUUCGCAGUCCCUUGGUCCAGGAACUCAACGUCUCGAAGGAAGUUGAGCUCAAGAAGGUCGGGGUUUUCCUUCGCUUGAUGGCCCAGGAGUUGCAACAGAUCUUCCGUGGCUUCCCGGCCAGUCAAGUCGUUCUUGGAGCAAGUGUGCUUGACCUGCAUGUGAGUGACCUGACCCAAACCGUCGUGUACGAACAGGCAGGGAGCAAGGAACGGCUUCAAGGUGAGCGUGUUAUUUUGACAAUGGGUGCAACAGAGGAUCUGCAACAGUGUCAACAGGCACCGCUUGGAAAGUCCCAGUUGACAUUGUCACAUUGUGGAUUCAACCAUCUCUUUAGCGGCUACGAUGCCCUGCAAUCUUCGGCCACCCAUGAUGAUCUAGUCAUUGUUGGUAGCUCACACACAGCUUGGGCCAUACUCCACCUACUGCGAGCCCGCCGGUCACCCACAAAUGUGACCCUGGUACAGAGAACAGCACCCAAAUAUUUCUUCUACUCUGCUGCGGAAGCCCAGUCGGCAAAUGCCAGCUUCGAUUCGUUCAGUGAUGUUUGUCCGAUCACUGGGCGUAUCAAUCGGUUCUCUGGUCUCAGAGGAGACAUCCGAGACUAUGCUGUGACCCGCGGCCUGCGCCGGCAGCCAACUGAUCCGGUUGUGCGAUACUUCACGGACGGCCGUGACGAAUUCACCUCUUCGGAGCUUUGCGGGCUGCUUUCCAGGAGCCCCGUGAUUUGUGCAACGGGAUAUCGCCCACGCUUCCCACGCAUCUUCCUUGGCGGAAAACAGGUGGAAGUGGCUUACGCCUCAUCCCCAACGCGGAGAGGACAACUGGUCACGGAAGCUGGAAUUCUGGAGCAUACCUAUGCCUAUGGCCUGGGGAGUGGGAUUGCUCUCAAUGCGGAUAUUGGUGGGGAAGUGCGAGGUUGGGGCUCGGUUCGGGCUGACGGCAUCUGGCUUUAUCAGUUCGAUAUAGGCAAGGCCAUACACAGAGAGCUUACAAAGGUUGGCGGAUCUGCCUCCUGGGUUGAGAUCUACAACAAGAAAGCAAGAGAGCUGAGCGCGGCCAACGCUCCCUUACAUCAUUUCGGUGGCUACGAGAUGUUCACUUGGGAACAGUGGCUGGCGCAAGCCCAGGUGUUGCUGGAGCCGCUGCGUCCUUCCUUGCGUCGCAGCGUGCUUGAAGUCGGCGUGGGUGCUGGAGCUUUCGUUGCUGCCAUCAGGGCCUUCACAGACGAGAAUCCUGACACGGUCGUCUAUGGAAUCGAUCCCGCCGCUGACACAAUUGCAGUUGCCCGCCAACGCGUGAAUGGGACAUUCGUCGUCGCAGGAGUUUCUGAUCUGAAGAUGCUUUUCAAGCCCCGGUCUUUCGCCUGCGUCGUCUCCUUUGGGGUGAUCACCUACCUGGAUUCGGAAGAAGCUGUCGCAGCACUUUUUGGUGAGAUGUUGAGGAUCGCCCAGGAGUUCGUUUACGUGGGGGAAGUGUCAGACUUGUCCAAGAAACAGCUGGCCGAGCACUUGCGGGCAUCCAGCCAUGUGAACUCUACGUCACAGCAGCGCCAUGUAUCCAGAUCUGCACCUCCACACCUCUACGUAUCAAAAGACUUGUUUCAUAGGGUUGCAGCAGAACACGGUCUCAUUGCAGACAUCAAGGAUCACGCGGAUCUGGGUCUGACAUAUCCAACAGCACCAUAUCGCUUCUCUGUGUACGUGGACAUCAGGAAGCUCUCCGUGGCCGUGUCGCCGGGCAUCUCCUGGAGGUGGGCAGAACGCUUCGGACUGUGCGUGACCGACCCUUGCAUGCAUAACCGCUGGCUCAUGGUCAUGGAGAACAAAGCGGGUGAGCAGGGACUCGAUCUGCGCAUGCUGGCCGUUUUCGUUGCGACUUUGGAGCACCUGAUCCAUGGCGACCAGCGGGAGCGCUUGAAGCAAGCAUGGCUCGUGCACGAGCUACAGCCGGAGGGCACGACCACCGGCGAAGGACUCCUCAGCGUUCUGCAGGUCUUCAUGGCGCAUUAUGUCUAUGUCAGCCAAAAGGUGGACAGCGGCUACGCACUGACGCUGCCCAAGGCCUUGGAGGAAGUAAACACCAUCUCCCGCAUUUACGGAGGAUGGCCUCAGAUCCGCUCCUUCAUUCACGACCAGGUGGACAAGGCACUGCUCAAGAGCAAGAGCCUGACCUUCGAGGAUGCUGCUGAAGCAGCUGACAUGGUGCUGCUGUUGUUUCAGGAGGUGUCCGGUGCCAUGUGCCACGAUAUGGAAAGGACUUUCCAGACUCUGCGAGGAGGUGACCACGGGCGUGUCCUACUCUCUGAGCUCAGGACUGCCGAUGGAGGAGAUCUCUUCCGCGAAUCACUGGAUUACCUGCGCCAGCUCGGGGCACUGGAAGAGACCGGGAGGGAGACUUUCGUCUUCAUGCCGAACUAUAUGCUAGGCCCCUCCAACUGCGAUGGCACCACCAGCUUUUACGAUCUUUGCUGCCCCAACUCCUGCGAAGUGUACAAGGACAAGUUGGAGCAGGCACUUAUGUCUGCACCUGAUCACGUCGAUGCGAUAGCCCGCAUUGUUGAAGAACAUUCUGGUAACAAGCUCCAAGAAGACCUGCUGGCGAAGCUGAAAGUGUUGGCAAAGGAGCAGGGCGAACGGGUUCUCAUCCACGGGCAUGCUUUCGCAGACUGGUUGCACCAAGCCUUACCGCGCGAGUGCCCACGGCCGCGGGCUGCCGACUUCAAGGGAAUGGCUGGUGCCAUCCCCGACUCGAAGAUGGAGUUUCAGGCCACCACGGGGCUGAAGGAAGACCUCUUCGAGUGGUAG